UCAUGCACGCUGUAGUGUGGAUCUGCGUUCUCUCGCGGCCGGACCUUCCACUCACACAUGUGGAGGAAUGUGCAUCGCCCAUACAUUCCGCAAGAGGAGACAGAUUCGGAAAGCAUCGCUCCAAAGUUACCAAGUGUUAUUUUUUCGAUGUGUUGCAUUUGAACCAUCAGCUACUGCGUCCGAUUUACUAUCGCCAUAGCUCUUCGAUUAAGAAAAAACAUUCUCAUUCCAAUAUUUGAUCUAAAGAAAAUAAACAAUACAAACAGGACUAUCUAAUUGAUAACAAUCAUUACAUGGCAGCACAUUUUACAACUUUCGCCCGAAGGAAAUGCUUUAAAGAUAAUCAAAAUGUUAUAAGGGAUCACUUGUGAUAUGGAUAGCAUCAGAUUCCAACUUUCGUUGUCGAAAAGUAAAAAAAGAACAAUUACGGUAACUAACUAGAUAAUUCGGGUAAUACAUGGCAUCGCGCAGUACAUCGCUCCCGGCGCAUCAGGGAGGAUCUGCGACGCACUUGUGUCGUCUGCAGCCUCGGUCGUCGACCCUCUGGCACCUUUGUACUCAAAUCAGCUCCUGUAGUCGUAUUUUCUCCUUAAUGGAUUAGAAAAUUUAUUUGAACAGUGAAUUAGAUAGUGCUGUUUAUAUAAUACGUGGCAGUAUCCCAGAUUAUAUUGUUUUGUUGAGUUUUUUGUUUUUAAUCUGUGAGUGCCUGAAAGAAACGAUCGCUACUCCGUGAACAGCUGAUUAUGGCAGUCUUCUUCCUAAACCACUGCAAGUUUAAUGGCUGUGGAUUAUCAUUUCCCAACCUGCUAGAGUUAAUCCAACACAUCGAGGAGAUACAUAUAGAGACUCUUACAGAUCCAGCAGCAGAGGCAGUACAGGAAACGCAACAGCCCUCAUGCCUUCCUCUCUCCUCUGUCCUGCGUUUCUUCAGUCCAGGAGUUCCCAGAGCAACCCCAAGGAAGCACCCUCUUAGUAAUAAAUCAUCCAGUGGCCCCCAGGCGAAGGUGGCCAAGCUCAGCCAUACUAAAACAGCAAGUAAACACACAAAUGGGAAGUCACCGCCAUCGAGCUUGGGCACCAAUGCGGCAAACAGUAUGCAUCUUUCUUCACUCCUCUUAUCAACCAGCAAGAGCACGGGAGGGAUUGCCUCGGGCGGCUCAAGCGGAGGAGGCUCAAGCGUGGGAGGUUCCAGUGUGGGCACACCAUCCUCCACGCGAGAGAGCACCCCCGUCAGCGCGCUCAGUAACAGCCCUCCAGUAAGUGAUUGUGAGGAGACGCUGCUGAGUGAGAACGAGGAUAGCAAUGACUCAUGGACUACACAAGAUGAGAUUCCUGCUGAAGUAAUCAUCAAACUUGCGAGCAAGGGUCAUUCCAGUAGCAAUGGGGAGGAUAAACCUUACAUCUGUCCAGUAGUUGGUUGCAGGAAAAGAUACAAGAAUGUGAAUGGCAUAAAAUACCAUGCCAAAAAUGCCCAUAAAAAAGAUAGCAAAGUUAGGAAACCAUAUAGAUGUUACUGUGGGAAGAGUUAUUGUACAAAUCAGGGACUUAAAACCCACUGCUCUCAUUCUCAUAAGAAUGAGAGUAUGACAGCGGUGACAACAAAUACAGGGGAGGUGUUGCAGGUACCAGCCAACCAAAUCUCAUCUGGAGGAAGUCCUACUGCUCAACUUUUGAAUAAUAACAAUAGAACUUUGUCAAGCACUAUGGCAUCUCAACUAAGUAAGUCAUCUAGUACAGAAAGCAGUAUUCAGGUGAGUGGAACGAUGCCUGUGACCAAUAUUAACAACCAAAUUGCUGUCACUGGACAGAUCAUUAAAGGAGGAUCAUCAACAUCCACGAAAGGUACAACUACAAUUUCAAGUAUAAACUUAUCUGGUCUUGUGGCGGGGGGCAGUGGAAAAAUUGCUCUGAAGGCUCUUCCCAGUGGUCAGUUACUUCUCUCACAACCUCUAGAAGGUAAAUUAACUGCUUUAGUAAAAUCAGAUCAAAGGCAAGAUUUGUCUGUAGAUGAUGGUAAGAUGAAUCUUGUACAACUAAAAUCUGAUAACUUUCAGCAGUUAGAACUUAGCAAAUUACUUCAGUUGAAUUCCAAGUCAUCACAGCAUCAAUUGGCUGUCACUACGUCCACACUAUCAGUCGCCAUCCCUACGAGUUCGCUGAAUUCCCUCAAGGGGGCUCAGAAAUCUUCAUCAGUGUUAGCACGGGCACUCAAGAGCCAGCUUUCGACAAGUCAGACAGGCAUCACAACUGUCUUAGGGUCCUCUGACAGUCAGGCAGAUGACAGUGUUUUGGGUGGACAGGGUGUAAUUUUAGGCGUAACUAUGGAAGAGGGCACUCUUAUUGAUAAUGGGGAUGGGACACUUUCAGAACUAGCUGUGAUUGAGUAGAUGAUUAACAGGUUAUAUGUAUAAGGAUAGUUACCUUAGAUUAUUCAAAUCUGGAAAAAGAGAAGUUAAAGAACUAGUAAUAAAACAUUGUCACUUUUUCAGGUUUGAGUAAAUGUUUUUUCUUUUUCAUUUUCAAGUAAAAGUUAUAAAAGUGAAUAGUUUGAAAAGAAGUAGUUACAUUGAUUUUGGUUGUAUAACUUGUGUUAGUUAAUUCUUGUUUAAGGUAUUUGCAUACUUAGCAUUAGAAUAUUGAAGUUCAGAUUUGAAUAAUGUUAAGGGAAAUUCCAAUCAGUAUAUUUUUUGCUCUGUAUUAAUAGUAGUGUUAGGGAAAGAAACCCAACACUUAUGUAGGUUUCAUGUUAUUUACUGGUGGAUGCUAUUUGUAUAGUGAUGGCUAACUUUGUCAGAAAAAAGAGGAAAUUAUUGUCCUUGAAGAAGAAAAAAGUAGAUUACAUGUAAGCUUGUUUAAUUGGUUCAGUUUGUAUUAGUUCUUCUUUCUAGUCCCACAUAGCUAUCAAAUUACAAAACUGUACUGCAAUAUGUUCUGAAUAACUUAUUAGCUUCCACAUUAUAAAAAUAAAUAAAAGAAAAGUAAUAAUAAAUCAUAUGAUACAUGUACACAGAGUAUAUACAUUUAAGGUCACACUUUAUAAGUAUUCUCCAUUUGGAGCCUCUAAAAAAAGUACCUGGAAAUUCACCUAAUAUCUCCAUCCACAUUUUGCAUGUAAAUAGAAAUGAUAUUCAUCAGCUGAAUGUUUUAUAUCAUAGUCCUAUCUCAUCUCUGUAAAUAUGAUUAUGUUAUGUCCUGAUAAACUAUUCAUACCAUGUUAAGUGUCUUAGUCCUAGCAGGCAUUCUAAAAAGUUGGAUUAUAUUGUAGGUCUAGGGGCAGAGGCAAUGGUUUUGUAAUGUUCUGAGGAUACCUGAAUUAUUGUAUAAUUACUGGGUAGUGUGUGUGUGAAAGGGGCAAAGAGAAGAGGAUGAUUAAAAGUGGCAAGGAGAAAGGGAAGUGAGUGAAUGGUUGUGUGAAUGAACAACGGUUUGCAUGGAAGGGCUUGGUCAGUCAGUUUUUCUUCAAGCAGAAUAGCAUGACUACCAACUCGUAGGAGUGGCACAAGUUAGAUUAUACCAAAGGGCAUUGUUAUUAAGGACACUGAAUUAAAAGAUCAUAAAAAAUAUUAUGUAUUGAUUAUCAAGGCAUGAGGCUGUCAUUCCACCCUGAUUAGGUUUGUGCUGAAUGAACCUAUUUCAGCUGAAGGGCAUAAGCAGCGUUCAUAAAGAAUUGACUUUUUGCUCAUUCACCAUAGAGAGAUGAAAAUUUAAAUUAGCAACUCAGAUAGAAACUGAUGUGAGUUGCACAUAUAUUGUAUAGAAAUUGAAGUAUAUAUUACUACUGUUUCAACUGUUUGUCA